UUUAAAAUUUUGUCAGUUGUAUGAAUUUAUUCAAAUCCUUUUCCUCUAGAUUUUAAAAAAAUUCUUCUGCCAUUACUCUCUCAAAAAAGAAACAUAUUCGGAUAUGGGGAACGAUCAAUUACAGGUGCUUAAUGCACUUGAUGUAGCAAAAACACAAUUAUACCAUUUCACUGCAAUUGUGAUUGCUGGAAUGGGUUUUUUCACGGAUGCAUAUGAUCUUUUCUGCAUAUCGCUCGUAACAAAAUUGCUCGGUCGAAUAUAUUAUCACGUCGAUGGUUCAGCGAAGCCUGGAUCAUUGCCACCGAACGUUGCAGCAGCUGUUAACGGGGUGGCAUUCGUCGGAACUUUAUCGGGCCAGCUAUUUUUCGGUUGGCUCGGUGAUAAAAUGGGCAGGAAAAAAGUUUAUGGAAUGACCCUUAUGCUUAUGGUGGUCUGCUCGGUUGCUUCGGGUCUUUCUUUCGGGAAAGAUGCAAAAUCUGUGAUGGCAACUCUUUGUUUCUUCAGAUUCUGGCUUGGAUUUGGCAUUGGUGGGGAUUACCCUCUUUCCGCAACGAUCAUGUCGGAAUACGCGAAUAAGAAAACUCGGGGCGCGUUCAUUGCUGCUGUUUUCGCUAUGCAAGGGUUUGGCAUUUUAGCUGGAGGAAUAUUUGCUAUAUUCAUAUCAGCUAUAUUCGAAUCUAAGUUCAAUGCUCCUGCCUAUGAGAUUGAUCCUAUUGGUUCGACGGUCCCUCAGGCGGAUUACGUGUGGCGAAUUAUCGUUAUGUUUGGCGCAUUGCCGGCUGCAUUGACUUAUUAUUGGCGUAUGAAGAUGCCUGAGACCGCCCGUUACACUGCUCUUGUUGCCAAGAAUGCAGAGCAGGCAGCUAGUGAUAUGUCAAGAGUUAUGCAGGUUGAUAUCGAGGCAGAACCGCAUAAGAUUGAGAAGUUGAAUCAGCAAUCGAGCAACUCAUUCGGGUUGUUUUCGAAAGCGUUUCUUCAUCGACAUGGACUUCACUUACUCGGAACAACAACGACAUGGUUCUUGCUUGACAUUGCAUUUUACAGUCAGAAUCUAUUCCAGAAAGAUAUUUUCACCGCGAUCGGAUGGAUUCCUGCGGCCAAGAGUAUGAAUGCAGUUCAAGAAGUUUACAAAAUUGCAAGAGCACAAACACUUAUCGCUCUAUGCAGUACCGUUCCAGGAUACUGGUUUACCGUAGCAUUGAUCGACAUAAUGGGACGAUUCGCCAUCCAACUUAUGGGAUUUUUCUUCAUGACCGUGUUCAUGUUCGCCUUGGCACUUCCGUACAACCACUGGACUCACAAGGACAACAGAAUUGGAUUUGUGGUUAUGUAUUCAUUCACAUUCUUCUUUGCCAACUUUGGACCUAAUGCAACCACAUUCGUCGUUCCGGCCGAGAUAUUCCCUGCUAGGUUAAGGUCAACCUGUCACGGAAUAUCAGCAGCGGCAGGAAAGCUCGGGGCGAUGGUUGGUGCGUUCGGAUUCUUGUAUUUGGCGCAGAAUCAGGACCCGGCGAAGGCAGAUGCAGGGUACCCUCCAGGCAUUGGUGUGAGGAACUCAUUGAUUGUGCUGGGAGUUGUGAAUUUCUUAGGAAUGUGUCUGACUUUCUUGGUGCCAGAAUCUAAGGGAAAAUCUUUGGAGGAGAUGUCUGGUGAAAAUGAGGAAGAUGAUGAGCUAACAACUGGAAAUACAAUCAGAUUGGGUCGUUAGGUUUAAUUUAAUUUUCCACUUUCAAGUAGUAGCAUGAUUUUUUGUAAAUGAAGGCUAUUGUAGUUUGAUUUAUUGUUAUCUGAUGCAUUAUCCAUGUAAUGGACAAAAUGCAUCAGAAUUUUAUUUUUCUCUUUCUUUUAGUCAAGUCUUCUGUCAUCUCAAUGUAACCUUUUUUAAAAAAAUUAAUCUAUUGUAAUUUGUCGAAUAA